AUGAGCCAAUGCAAUUCUUCUUACUCUGUAACUAGAGAGAAUUUAAAAUACUUUGCGCAAUUUGUUUAUCUAGUACCUGGUGUUUUAUUCCAGUUGAGAAUUCUUAUAGUGAUAUGGGGAACUCAUAACAAAAUAUAUUUGAAAAGUUCGUUUUUCACAAUUUGGUCAUUGGAUUCCCUGGUGAGCUUGGUUCAAAUGUUUCUGGAUGUUUCAUUUACCAGAAUUCACAUAUAUUUCCCACAGCUUUGUGAAGGAUUCUCAGUGUUUUUGGAAAUUCACUGGAUGAUUCCAAACAUUGUAUACCCCUUUUAUUUGUACGCGUUCACUGCAAAAUCAGUGAUCCACUCGUUUUUGUCGAUAAAUAGAGCAAGCUGCGUGUUGAUGCCGACAAAAUACGCAUAUAUAUGGCGCUCUCAUAUGAAGAAAGUUAUUGUUUUUAUACUUCUCUAUCCAUUUUUGCUACUUUGGAAUGUGAUUAUAUCGGAAAAAUAUUUGGAUUUUAUAUUUGGAGGCUUUGUAAUUAGUUACAUCAAGCGAGUCCCAUGGGCAAGCCUAUCCAAAUUUCAAAUAAUCUCUUAUGUAUUCACAUUCUCGGUAACACUUGUCACAAAUAGUAUAACUUUAUCAAAAAUGGCAAAACUCAAAAAGCGGCUUCUAAUGGCGGAACGGCAUCUCUGCGUUGCCACAGCAUGGAUUUCCUCCGGAUUUGUGAUUUCACUGAUUGCUCAAGCACAUUUUGCAUUUUUUCGAGGGGAUCACGAGUUGGUGGAAAUAUUCUAUAUAAUUCAGUGUGUAUCAUUUGAUCUAUUGAAUGUUGGAAGUCCAAUUGUUAUGAUAACACUUUCCCGGGAACUUCGAAACCACGUAUUUCUGAUAAAUCCGUCUCCAGUUGUGUCUCGAAGCACUUCUACAUUUAACAAUAAAAAUAAUAUCAGUAUAUUAAUUCAAUAA